GAAGAACUCGGUCGGUCAUAGUAAUUUUAAUCACGUUGCAUUGCGAAUCUAAGUAUUAUUUUAACAAUGUCAGCAAUUUCUAAGGCUCUUUCAGUAGCCAAAAAUAAAUGUGCUUGUUUAGCUAAACAGCUGACUUUUGCUAAAGCAUCUAAUCCAUCCUCCAGAAACAUGAGCUGCGUUUGCCCGGCGCUGGCAGCGAUUCCUAAAGUGGACAUAGAUCCCGAAGGAGUUUUUAAAUACAUAUUAUUGAGAGUACAUGAAAAAGGGAAAGAGGAUGAUGAAGUAUUUGUUACCAUUGUCAGAGGGUAUAGAAGGUGUAAUUACCACUCAGAUAUUUAUGAAGAGGUACAAACUAAGCUGGAGCCUCUAGACUGUGAGCCAAUGGGUGGAGGAAGGAUAUCUCAUGACCCUGACCACAAAAAGAUUCAUAUCUAUGGUUACUCUCAAGGUUAUGGUAAAGCUGAUCAUGAAAUAACUGCUAAACUUGUCAAGGAGGCAUACCCUGGAUACUAUAUAACUAUCAGCGAUGAAGGUUAUUAGCUCAAGAUAUUAUAUCUAAAUGUGUUGAUGUAUUUUAUUCUUAAUAAAUCGAUCUAAAUGUGUCAAUGUAAUUAAUAUAUGUAUAUUUUUAUGGUUAAUAAAGCAUAGCCCUUUAUGUCUC